GAAUAAUAAUUAAAUUUAAUCUCCGGAUGACUCAAAAAAAAGUUGGAAAAAGGGAUAAACUAAACUUCAACCAAAAGCCUUAUCUCCCUCGAUGGCCAUAUGUCUGUCCGUCCACCACGUACUUGGCCUCACUCCCUCUCAGCCGCAGGCUUCUUUAACGAUCGUUUCCGUAGCAUCAUCAGCCCAGAUAACGUUGUCCAUCCUCAAACAGCAAUGCCAGAGCCGCUUAAAGGUUGCAGCAUUGUCAAGUAGGAAGUUAUGAUAGUGUUUGGAUAAUCUGUGCACAGAGCAAUGUCUACUAUGACUUCCCUGGUGAACUUGGGAAGCGUUUGCAGGUGUUCUUCUGGGCAGUAUGAAGGUCCAUCCUCUCUGGCGGGGAGCAUUUCCUUCGCUAAGAAUUUCAGGAGCUUUCGAAGAAUAUGGGUAGGUAGGCAGUGGAGAUACGUCUCUAUUUGUAGAUACUCAGUAACUGCGGAUUUUGUUGCUGAUCAGGGAACAUCUAUAACCUUGGAUUCAUUGCCUAGAAGCAGUGAGGAUGACAAGAGUUCUGAUCUUAUACUCAAUCAGACUCCUAAACCUCUAUUGAAACCCGUGACAGAAAUUGCACCUCUUUCAGGUUUGAGUUCUUCAGCUUGGGAUGGAACAAAAAUCAGUUCAGAUUCAAAUAUAGAAGAUAAAAGCAAAUUAAUUGAGUCACUUGGAGAGGUGCUCGAUAAGGUGGAGAAGCUAGAUAUGCUUAAGAGAGUGGACCGUGCUAAGAAACCACUGGGCAGCGAAAGCGCCGUAGAAAGUAAUGGAAAACCGAGUAAUUCUAUGGAUGUUCCUCAGCAAAUCACUAAGACGAUGAAGAGUGUGUGGAGGAAAGGGAAUCCAGUAUCUACUGUAAAGAAAGUUGUAAAGAAGCUUCCUAAAAAGGAGCCAAAAACAGACCGGGUAGAGCUGCCCCAGUCUCAAACUGCUGCUGCCCCUCCAAGAGUUCCUAAGAAACUUGAAGCCCAGUUGCAAACAAAACCAUCUAUAGCUCCUCCACCUCCAGUAAAAAAAACAGUUAUCUUGAAGGAUGUAGGUGCAGCUACAUCCACUUUAAAUCCCAAAGAACGCAAACCAAUAUUAGUUGACAAAUUUGCUUCUAAAAAAACAGCCAGUGAUCCUCCUGACAAUCAACCAGUUUCAUCCCGUCCAAAACCCUUAAAGAGCCUUACAAAACCACCUGGGAGGUUCAAGGAUGAGUUCCGAAGAAGAAAUGGUUCGUCCGGAGGAGUAAGGAGGAGAAAGGCUAAUGAUUCUGAUGAGGAUAUUCCUGAUGACGUGACAUCACAGUUCAAUGUCUCUAUUCCAGGCACUUCCACAACAAGGAAAGUUAGGAAAUGGAACAAGGCAAGCCGUAAGGCAGUAAAACUGCAGGCGGCUAAAGAGGCUGCUCCUGUUAAGGCUGAGAUUCUGGAGGUGGAGGCUGAAGGCAUGCUAGUUGAAGAGUUAGCAUACAAUUUAGCUAUUAGUGAAGGUGAAAUUCUUGGUUACUUCUACACGAAGGGAAUCAAACCUGAUGGUGUUCAAACUCUCAGCAAAGAUAUGGUAAAGAUGAUAUGUAAAGAGUAUGAGGUGGAAGUUAUUGAUGCUGAUCCAGUUAAAGUGGAAGCAAUGGCAAAAAAGGGUGAGAUUUUAGAUGAAAGCGAUUUGGAAAAAUUGGAAUCUAGACCUCCAGUCAUCACUAUAAUGGGCCAUGUAGAUCACGGAAAGACAACCCUUUUGGACUAUAUUCGCAAGAGCAAGGUAGCAGCAUCUGAAGCUGGUGGAAUCACACAAGGGAUUGGUGCAUAUCAGGUGAAAGUACAAACAGAUGGAAAACCUCAGACUUGUGUCUUCCUUGAUACUCCUGGGCAUGAGGCCUUCGGAGCAAUGAGGGCUCGAGGAGCCAGAGUCACUGAUAUUGCUAUCAUUGUAGUCGCUGCAGACGAUGGGAUCCGACCUCAGACGAAUGAGGCUGUUGCACAUGCUCAAGCAGCUGGAGUUCCUAUUGUGGUUGCCAUAAACAAGAUUGAUAAGGAUGGAGCUAAUCCAGAUCGAGUAAUGCAAGAUCUUUCUUCUAUUGGUUUAAUGCCAGAAGACUGGGGUGGUGAAGUUCCAAUGGUUAAGGUCAGUGCUCUGAAAGGACAGAAUAUAGAUGAUUUACUGGAGACGGUCAUGCUUGUUGCAGAACUGCAAGAGUUGAAGGCCAAUCCUCAUAGGAAUGCCAAGGGAACUGUGAUUGAAGCUGGUCUUGAUAAAUCCAGAGGACCUAUAGCUACAUUCAUUGUACUCAAUGGAACAUUAAAAACAGGCGAUGUCAUAGUUUGUGGUGAAGCUUAUGGGAAGGUCCGAGCCUUAUUUGAUGACAAUGGAAAACGUGUUACUGAAGCUGGACCUUCCAUGCCUGUCCAGGUAAUUGGCUUGAAUAAUGUCCCCUACGCUGGUGAUGAGUUUGAGGUAGUUGGCUCUCUUGAUAUUGCACGUGAGAAAGCACAGAAGAGAGAAGAAUCAUUGAGAAUUGAGCGGAUAUCAGCAAAGGCUGGGGAUGGGAAGGUUACAUUAUCAUCUUUUGCUUCUGCUGUCUCAGCUGGGAAGCUUACUGGGAUUGAUUUGCACCAACUGAAUAUUAUUCUGAAAGUUGAUGUGCAGGGAUCUAUAGAAGCUGUCAGACAGGCUCUACAGGUUCUUCCACAGGACAAUGUCACUCUGAAGUUCCUAUUACAAGGUACUGGGGAUGUGAGCGCCAGUGAUGUCGAUCUUGCAGUAGCAAGUAAAGCCAUUAUUUUUGGAUUUAAUGUCAAAGUACCGGGCUCCGUCAAAAGCUACGCAGACAACAAAAGUGUUGAGAUCCGGCUUUACAGAGUCAUUUAUGAAUUCAUCGAUGAUGUACGAAAUGCUAUGGAAGGACUUUUGGACCCCGUGGAGGAACAAGUGCCAAUUGGUGCAGCAGAAGUGCGUGCAGUGUUCAGUAGUGGCAGUAGCCGUGUUGCUGGAUGCUUCAUGACAGAGGGGAAAGUAGUGAAAGGAUGUGGAAUUCGGGUAUUUAGGAAAGGAAAAGAAGUCCAUGUUGGUGUCCUUGAAUCACUGAGACGUGUUAAGGAGAUUGUGAAAGAGGUAAAUGCUGGACUAGAAUGUGGAAUAGGGGUUGAAGGUUUCAAUGACUGGGAGGUUGGAGAUACUCUAAAAGCAUUCACCUCAAAGCAAAAGAGAAGAACACUUGAGGAAGCAUCAGCUUCAAUGGCUGCAGCACUUGAAGCAGCAGGGAUUGACCGUUAAAGACAAAAAAGAAAAGUGUUAGUUAUUUUAUAAAGAUUACUCGCCUUUGAAUAGUGCUAUCCAUAUCAAUUGCCGAGAAGCGUCGGCGAGUUUUGCUGACAGCCUAUCUAGAUGAAGGUUUUGAUGUCUGAGGACGUAGCCAUGGAGAAAACCCGAGAAAGGCUCGCCCAUUGUUGUAUGAUGUUACAUUGUAAAUACAUAUAUUCGAACCUUCUGUAAAGAGCAACACGUCAACCAUUUAUUUAUGGUAUGGCAAAAUCACAAGUGAUAACAGGUGUGGUGUAACCAUUUCAAAACAAAGAAAUAGUUUAGGAUGCCUUCUGAUUUACUGCAUAAGUCCUAUUCGUGGGGUUAUUAGUUGUAUUCAGAGAAAGAGGAAAUGGUCUAAUAUAUUUGAGAUUCUUUUUGUUUC